AUGUGAAUAUCGUACGGGUGAAGACGUCUUCUGUUCGUCUGGCUCUGGCUCUUACUGUAUUUUCAUACCAAUCUCAAGUGAUACAUUUAAGAAUAACAAAGUGCUCUUAGUGAUACUUCAAACUCUUGUGAUUUGAUAUAAAAAAUAUUUUUGAUUUUCUAAGGAUCAAAACUGUUUUUCAAAGGAUGUUUGUGAACACUAAACAAAAUAUCAAUUUUAUAGGAACAAUUGUGAAUCAAGGAUUUAAAACAAUACUAUAAGAUCACUUCAAGUUUCAGUCUUCAGAGAUAUAUAUUUUUUUAGUUUUGAUGAAUUUACUUUUUGUUUCCUCCCAUUCAUAUGAACUUGGCCUGAAUCUUUGGUCAAAACUGUUACUAAUUAACUUAUUUCCUUUGAGAUUACCAAACUUUAGUUUUGCCUUAAUGACGUCUUCAUAAUGCAGACAUGAAAAACUUGAAGUGAUUUUGAGCCACUACCGAAAACAUCAACUAAAUCGUGAUAUCUGUGCAUUACAACCUGAUCCCUCUCUAGCCCAUAACAAAUAAUAAACCAAAUAAUCGAGCAUAGUGAGACAACAUAAAUAACAAUAACGAAUAAUAUGCAACAAUCUAAGUAAUAUUUACAAGAAACAAAAACAAAAAACAAAAAUAACGAAAAUCAACAAAACGCUACGAAUAACCCAGUCGGAGAGCGGAAAACUUUGUCAUAAAUAAAGUUACGGCGAAAACCUCCAUAUUACUUCAAUCACGAAACUGAAAGCAAGAAAAGGAAGCUGUGGAAGAUUGAGUUGCUGCCACAGUUACUUAGCUGACUUGCCUGAGUGUUGCUGCUCCACAAACUGACAUUCAGAGUAGUGCCAAUGAUGUUGAUGCCGCUUAAAGGCAACUCCAAAUACAAAAUGCGGUCUACGCAGCUCAGCUUGUUGUGCGCUUUGCUCGUACUGGUGUUCCUUGACUACACAAGCGCAGAAUCAAAGUAUCGCACUCCUGCCCGGAUAUUGGCUAAGCAAACUGGUGCCACCCAAUUUGAGGAGGAGCGCUAUGAGGCGCAUACUAACUGCAACGAACAUAAACAUCAUCUGAAGAAGCGCGCUUCUGAUGAAGAUGUAGACUACGAGGUGUACCAGGGUGUAGUUGGCCGUCCAGGCAUAGACUUUCCCAUCUACCCAAGAAUUCCCAAGACCUCGUUUAGCUGUCGUUCCUAUGGCAAUGGCUACUUUGCGGAUAUGGAAACGGAUUGCCAGGUCUUUCACAUUUGCGAGGAGGGCCGUAAGAUCUCCUUCCUCUGUCCUAAUGGCACGAUCUUCCAGCAGAGCGAGCUCACCUGCGACUGGUGGUUCAAGGUUAACUGUCUGGGCUCCUCGGGUUACUACGCAGAGAGUGCAGAGAUCCUCAACAAGCAGCGCGUCCAUCGUGUGCGUCCUUCUGUUCCCGUUCAAGGCUUCAAUAUUGUGGGUGGUGGGCUAAACAUCAAGCCAAAGGUCACUCCAGUUGUUGGUCAGGCAAGGUCUGGUCCUCGAGCUAAUCCCGACAGGCGUAUUGAUUCCACGGAGGACGUUCCCUCUUCAGUGGAGAGUGUGGACUUUGAUGAUGUGUCUGGCGAGAAGCAGCGAAAGGUUCUUCCCAGCAUUGAUAGCAAUAGCAAUGACCACGAGACCCAGAUUACUGCGGAGAGCUCCUCGUUUGUCAGCGGUUCCGGCAAAAGAAGAACCAAUAAGGAUAGCAACCCGAAUCGCAACGAGGACAUUACAGUCUUGAAACCAGCUCGUAUUAGGGCACCAGUGGCAUCCCAAGAACGAGGAGUCUCCACCGAAAGAGCACGUAAUGGCCAGAGGGGACAGCAUCGCUAUAGUGGAAGUGAGGAACACAGCAAGGAAAAGGAGAAGUCAGCUCCUAGCCAAUCAAAGGAAAAGCCUGAGUUCUUCGAGGCUCAUUCCACACGAACUGUACCUCAGACCACGCCCCAUUACUCUACCGGAAGCCACUCCACUGUGCGACGUCUCGAACCAAGCAAGACCACGCCUUUCUACACGCCCACUGUACCCAGUCUGGUCAAGACCAAGACCACCGAGACAAAGCUCAAUUACAUCAAGGGCGGUCAUGUGGCCACAACACCCAAUCCCCAUAGGUUCGGAGGUGCUAGUUCCGGUAUUUUCCUUGAAUCCUCUGUGGCACCGAAGGUUAAACCCACCGCCAGUGCCAGUAUUGAACUAGACAGCACUUUCAAGCCAGUGAUUAUUGGUAUGAGGCAUCACUACGAUGUGGCUAGCUCCGGAGAAUUCCGACCCCCAGCAAAGUCAACAGAAAGUCGGGAUUACUUGCCAACUACUCCGUCACCAUCGGCAACCAGCAGCGGACCAACUUAUUUACCCAAGAAUGGAAAGUCUCCAAGGGGACACGCAGCAGGCGCAGCUGGAGAGGAUGUUCUACUGUUCGCUCCCAAUCCUGUCAAGGAUGAGUCUGUCUUCCGCAACGUUCAGGAAAUGCUCAAGACAAUGAACCUGUUGAAGGAUCAGUUUGAGGACGUGGAGCUGAAUGCAGCUGCUGCAGCUCCAGCAAGAGUUGGUCUAGAGAUUCCACCUUCCUCUGGUCCAGAUGCCCUUGUAUCCUUUGCCAAGUACUUUGCACAGGAACAUAAUGAAACCACAAAUGCUCUUGCUAAGCCAGAUAAGACGGAAAAAUCUGACAAAACUGGAGGAAAACCAAAAUUAUCUGUAAAGCCGCCACCAUUGCCCACCAUUAAGCCAUCGGACACUACUGCCUUACUGACCACUUCGGAGAAUCCUCCAGCCAUAAGCGAAAAUGCGGACGACAUCAAGAAGAGCCUGCUAAGUGACACCACGGUGAAGAAGUACAGUAAUCUGUUUGGCUUGAAGGCUGCCCAGGGUCGCGGUGCUGGAGAGGCUGAUAUCAGCACGGGAUUACUCUCUAACCAGCCCAACGGAACUCAAUCUGAAUCAGGUUCCAAGUACCAGCAGUUCCCACAGAUUGGUAGCACCGGUUCCACUAUUGGUGCUUUGGCCGAGAAACCGGAGACUCGUAAGAUUGCCCAAAUCUUCUCCAAUGCUCUGUCCAGUUACCUUGAUAACCCAGCCACUUUCCGUGCCGAACUCGCUGCCCGAGCCCGCCCUACGGAGCCACCAAGUACUCCCAACUUCAAGCCCGUGACAACCACGGAUCCCUCGCUCUUUAGUGAUGGAACAGCCAAAUACUAUCUGCCCACCAAGGGACUGCCUAUUGCCACUACGCCCACUCCCAAUAGCAUUGCAGCGGAAAUUAACCACAAAUUCGAUUCGACCCCAGCUCCGGAAUACUCCACAACCACUGAGCUGUAUGAAGGUAGUACCAGUCGCGCCCAGGAACUGGAGUUCUCAGGGGAGCUAUCGCCUCCAAGUCAGGAUUCCGGCGAAGAGUUCCUCCAGCAACAGCAAACGCAAUCGUUUGUAAAGUCUCGCAACGAUCUGCUUAAGGAUGCUAGGCCCCAGAAACUUGUGACCACCCACAAACCCACUGAGCACCCGUGGGCGCUUAAAUCGCAGACCGACUUCCUGGAUCCCCUGACCAUCAACGAUGGUCUGAUGAAGGAGCAAAGGACUUCUACUACCAGCAGUACGACCUCGCCGUCCACAACACCUUCUCCGUUUGCCUACAGGGUGACCACACCCACACCAUCUCGUUACGAGUGGGACGACAUUUUCCGAAGCUACGAUAUUCCCAGAGACGCACUGCCAUCCAGUAGUGGUCUUCAGCGGAUUGCAAACAAAUUGUUCGGCGGUCUCAAUGAACAAGAGGCACUGCACCUACGCAACGUAAUGGCAAAGGCGGAGCACGACCGUCAGGUGCUUAGUCUGUUGCUGCUGCUCAUCCAGACCUGCGAUGACCACAACGGAAAGGCACUUGAGAGGAGCAGGAAGCAUCUGCUGAACGCACUCAUCGAUAUUGACAGCAAGACAGUCGGAGGUAAGACCUCAAGGCAGAGACUGACCACCACUACCAACCGCAUCCCAGUAACCACAUUCCGACGUGGUGGUUCUGCCGGAGGCGAGUACUUCACCAGUACCACGCCGGGCUAUACGACAACCACGGAUCUGCCCACCACAACAGGAUUGGGUGCGGGCAGCUACGAGGAGACCACUAAGUUUGAGAUACGCGUCGAGGACCUUGAGGAAACCACGACGACGACAGCACCGCUGCUGGAGGUCAACUCGGACCGGAGGGCCCUGGAGCUGCUCAAGUCAUUAUAUUCGCUGGCGUCCAAGUUCAGCAGCAGGCGAUAGAGCGAGGGCGGUGGCGGUUCCUAGACCUUGCGAGUUAAUGCCUAACUUUAGUCAACUCAACUCUACCCCCCCCUCAGAUCAGUUUUAUUUUCUUUAAUUUAAACCCGUCCUAAACUUAUGAUUUUGAUUCUGAACCAGUUACUUGUUAACCGACUUCGUUUAGCCAAUGCAAUUGCGCAAUUAGUUUGUAAAUAUGUAAUCGAAAUACUCGACGAUGAGAGGCCCUGAAAUACUCCCGCGCCCGAAACAGGCAUAGACUUGGUUGUUCCUGAUGCCCAGCCAAGCAGUUUCCGUUUAAGUUUAAUCGAGAGUUGUAUUAAAUUAGUUUCUUACUGCUUAGUCUUAACGAACGAGAACACUUUCCAUCCAGUAUCCAGUAACCAG